UCCUGACUUUUAAGAUGUAACACUGUGUCCAAAGUUUAGAAAUAGCACAUAACGAAUAAAUUGGCCAUAUUUCUCGUUUCGAAACCAAUUUCGUGGACGCAAAUGUUUGGUUAUGAUGUGCGUAAUCCUCUCGCGCAGCUGAAGGACGCGCGCAGGUUGUUUGGCGGCGCGCAGAGAGGCUGAGCUCAAACUGAUGCUGUGCCCUAAAUAUGCUAAAGAAACUCGCAAAUAAGCGGAAAAAGAGCACGCAAAACUCCGAGGAAAGCCACGCACAACAUUUGGAUAUUUCUUUUAAUGGGAAUACUGGGGAAAGUUUACAUUUGGAGUGCGUAAAAUGCGCGUUGAGUGGGAAUUAAGAAGAGUGUAUAUGCUUUGCAUCGUGUUUUUUAUUCAAAACAAUUCACCUACAACAUCAGUGGUCAUCUGAAAAUCUUCACGUUCUCUACAGGGAAUAUUUUCUUCAGGGAUUGGGGUUACCCAUCAUGGAUCGGUUUGAGAUUUUGGAUUUACAUCAGCACAAUAAGCAGAACAUGCGCGGACGCAGUGCUGCGGUCAAUGGAGUUUACCUCUUGAAGUAACUUCUAGUAGAGGACGAUCAGGAUGAAAAGAUGGCGACCAUGCUCCUACCAGCGGGUCCUGACGGCUUGCGACCGUUCACUCGCGAGUCUCUGGCGGCCAUCGAGCGGAGGAUCAGCGAAGAACAGGCGAAGAAUGCCAAAGAUUACCAGGAGGACCCCGGAAACACGGAGGAGCCCAAGCCCCGGGCCGACCUGGAGGCGGGGAAGGUGCUCCCUCGUAUCUUCGGUGACAUUCCUACAGGACUGGUCGGAGUCCCGCUGGAAGAUAUCGACCCUUUCUACUUCAAAAAUCAGAGGACAUUUAUAGUAUUAAACAAAGGAAAAGUCAUCUUUCGCUUUAGUCCCACAUCUGCACUCUACAUCUUUAGUCCUUUUCACUGCAUUCGAAGAAUCUCCAUACGAAUUUUAGUGCAUUCUUUGUUCAGCUUGUUUAUCAUGUGCACAAUUUUGACAAACUGCUGCUUCAUGGCGAUGUCAGAUCCUCCACAGUGGACCAAAUACCUAGAGUAUACAUUCACCGGCAUUUACACCUUUGAGUCUGUCAUUAAGAUCUUGGCCAGAGGUUUCUGUCUAGAGUCCUUCACAUUCCUCCGAGACCCCUGGAACUGGCUGGAUUUCACUGUCAUUGUCAUGGCAUAUGUGACAGAGUUUGUGGACCUAGGAAAUGUGUCAGCAUUACGGACGUUCAGAGUUUUGCGUGCCCUUAAAACAAUAUCAGUGAUCCCAGGUUUAAAGACCAUCGUGGGUGCCCUCAUCCAGUCUGUUAAAAAGCUAGCGGACGUGAUGAUCCUCACUGUUUUCUGUCUUAGCGUCUUUGCUCUGAUUGGUCUACAGCUUUUCAUGGGCAUCCUACGGCAGAAGUGUGUCCGUAGCCCCGCCUACUGUGUCAACUCCACCUACCCUGGCAACGGGAGCUUCGUCUGUAACAAUAAGACCUGGCUUUCCUUAAAGGAUUUCUUAACCAAUGAAGACAACUUCUACAAAAUUGAAGGAUCAAAGGAUGCCUUAAUAUGUGGAUACAGCAGUGAUGCUGGGAAGUGUCCUGAUGGGUUUGACUGUUUGAAAACAAGUCGGAACCCAAACUACGGCUACACGAGUUUUGACACUUUUGGCUGGGCCUUCCUGGCUCUCUUCAGAUUAAUGACACAGGACUACUGGGAAAACCUUUAUCAUCAGACUUUGCGGUCCGCAGGCAAGACCUACAUGAUUUUCUUUGUGUUGGUGAUCUUUCUGGGUUCCUUUUACUUGGUGAAUUUGAUCCUGGCCGUGGUGGCCAUGGCUUAUGAGGAGCAAAACCAGGCGACCAUCGCAGAGGCCUGGGCUAAAGAGAGAGAGUUUCAGCUGGCAAUGGAGCAGCUACGCAAGGAGCAGAGGGCAUUAGCAAAACAGCGCAGGAAAGAAGCAGAGAUGACCAAAGAAGCAGAAAUAUCACCAUCUACUUUUUCUCGGAAAGACUCUGUGAAGCAAUGUCGCAGCAGAGCAAGAUCCCACGGAACGCUGUCAGAGGACAUGGAGGACAACCCAGAUCUCCAAGCAUCGAAGUUUGAUGAGAAACCAGCUCACCCUUUCUUGGCGACGCUCUCCUCACAUCCUCUGAGCACUCGUCGAGGAAGCCAAAUCAGCAUUUUCACCUUCCGGCCACGCAACAACUCAGAGGCCGACUUUGCCGAUGAUGAACGCAGUGUCCACGAUGAUGGGCGGAGCCGGGCGGGCUCCAUGGCAACGCCAUGGCAGAAGCGUCGUACAGCCAGCAUCAGAAGUCACUCGUCGCAGGUGCUGACGCCCCUCCUUACUCUCAAUGGUAGACUGAACGUUUCUCUGGACCAGAAUGGCAUCACGGGUGUCGGGCCGCACACCCCAACCCCACUGCCUGCCAUGAGCAUGGAAAAGGUCAAAGAGGAUAUGGAGCAAGUGUUUCAUAAAGAACAAAGCACUGCUACCAAACAGACGGUUAAUGUGCCUGAGGAAGCCCCGCCCCCUGGCAGGAAGAGAGGGCUGAGCUCCAUUAGCUUCUUCAGUGAUGCUAUGGAUGAGCUCGAAGAAGCCCGUCAGAAAUGUCCUCCAUCCUGGUAUGAAUUUGCAAAAAAGUAUUUGAUCUGGGGGUGUUCUCCAGCCUGGCUGAGACUGAAGGAGGGGGUCAAAGUCAUGGUGAUGGAUCCCAUCCUUGAUUUAGCUAUUACCACUUGCAUUGUGCUCAACACAUUGUUCAUGGCACUGGAGCAUUACCCCAUGACUGAUGAAUUCAACAGCAUGCUUAGUGUUGGAAACCUGGUGUUCACAGGAAUCUUCACAGCUGAGAUGUUGCUGAAGAUCUUGGCUCUGGAUCCAUACUAUUAUUUCCAGCGAGGUUGGAACAUCUUUGAUGGGAUCAUUGUUUGUUUGAGUCUGAUGGAAUUGGGCCUUUCCAAUGUGGAAGGCUUAUCCGUCCUCCGCUCGUUCAGACUGCUGAGAGUUUUUAAAUUAGCAAAGUCAUGGCCCACCCUCAACACACUGAUAAAGAUCAUUGGUAACUCUGUGGGUGCUUUGGGUAACCUGACUCUGGUCCUGGCCAUCAUCGUCUUCAUCUUCGCUGUGGUGGGCAUGCAGCUGUUUGGGAAGAACUAUCAGGAUUGUGUUUGUAAGAUCAGCUAUGACUGUACACUCCCCCGCUGGCACAUGAAAGACUUUUUCCAUUCUUUCCUCAUCGUGUUUCGGGUCCUGUGUGGCGAGUGGAUCGAGACAAUGUGGGACUGCAUGGAGGUCGCCGGACAGCCGCUUUGCAUCCUGGUCUUCAUGUUGGUCAUGGUCAUAGGAAACCUGGUGGUGCUGAAUCUGUUUCUAGCUCUGUUACUGAGCUCCUUUAGCUCUGACAACCUGUCAGCACCCGAUGAAGACGGAGAAAUGAACAAUCUCCAGAUUGCCAUUGCUCGAAUCCACUCUGGUGUAACUUGGCUGCUCAAUGCCAUCAAAAACCUCGUGAACGUAAAACUAACUGGACGCAGACGGAAAGCCACGGAUGAACGAGCGUCACUGAAAAUCAACCAUGCGGAAUGCAACGGCACUGCGGGUAAGUUUGAGCGGUAUGGAGCGAAGUACAUCAUUCCAGAAGAAAACAGCUACAUGACCAAUCCCAACCUCACCAUCUGCGUGCCCAUCGCACCUGGAGAGUCCGAUGUGGAAUUUCCUGAAGAGGAUGAAGAGACUGAAACAUCAGAGGAUGAAGAACAGAAACCAGAAGUGAUAAGUCUGUCAGAGGGAAGUACUGUGGACCUAAGGAAGCCAGGGGAGGAUGAGGAAGAAGAUUCUGAGAUAGCAGAUGAUGCCAUGGACCCAGAGGAGUGUUUCCCUGACUUUUGCCUGCGACGGUGUAAGUGUUGUAAUAUUAACACUACACAAGGUCUGGGACAGAUGUGGUGGAGGUUAAGGAAGACCUGCUAUCAGAUUGUGGAGCACAGCUGGUUUGAGACCUUCAUCAUCUUCAUGAUCCUCCUCAGCAGUGGAGCUCUGGCAUUUGAAGACAUUUACAUAGAGCAGCGUAAGGUUGUGAAGGUGGUGUUGGAAUACGCUGACAAGGUCUUCAGCUACGUCUUUGUGCUGGAGAUGUUUCUGAAGUGGAUCGCUUACGGCUUUAAAAAAUAUUUCACCAACUACUGGUGCUGGCUGGACUUCCUGAUCGUAGACGUGUCUUUGAUAAGCCUGGUGGCUAACUCAUUGGGCUACUCGGACUUUGUCGCCAUUAAAUCUCUGAGGACUCUCAGAGCUCUGAGACCCUUGAGGGCCCUAUCUAGAUUUGAAGGAAUGCGGGUUGUGGUAAACGCGCUGAUUGGAGCCAUCCCAUCCAUCAUGAACGUUCUGCUGGUGUGUCUGAUCUUCUGGCUCAUAUUUAGCAUUAUGGGCGUUAACCUUUUUGCUGGUAAAUUUGGGAAAUGCGUCAACAGGACGGGUUACAUCCACAGCGUGACCCUGGUCAACAAUAAGUCUGAUUGCCAAGCCAUGAACGACACCCAGUUCUAUUGGACCAAAGUGAAAGUUAACUUUGACAAUGUGGGUCUUGGUUACCUCUCACUUUUGCAAGUGGCAACUUUCAAAGGCUGGAUGGAAAUCAUGUAUGCAGCCGUAGACUCACGUGGGGUCGAAGAGCAGCCCAUUAAGGAGAUAAACCUCUACAUGUACCUCUACUUUGUCAUCUUCAUCAUUUUUGGGUCCUUCUUUACCCUGAAUUUAUUCAUUGGCGUCAUCAUCGACAACUUCAAUCAACAGAAAAGGAUGAUAGGUGGUCAGGACAUAUUCAUGACUGAAGAGCAGAAGAAGUAUUACAACGCCAUGAAGAAACUCGGGUCGAAAAAGCCGCAGAAGCCAAUUCCAAGACCAGUGAACAUUCUACAAGGCUUCUUCUUUGACUUGGUGUCCAAGCAAGCCUUUGACAUCACCAUCAUGAUGCUCAUCAUACUCAACAUGAUAACAAUGAUGGUGGAGACAGAUGAGCAGUCUGCCCGCAUGGAGUCCAUCCUCAACAACAUCAACCUGGCCUUCAUCGUCAUCUUCACCACCGAAUGCCUCAUCAAGCUCUUCGCCCUUCGCUGCUACUUCUUCACUAUCAGUUGGAACAUUUUUGACUUUGUGGUCGUCAUUCUUUCUAUUGUUGGAAUUGUCCUGGCUGACAUAAUAGAGAAAUACUUUGUGUCUCCAACUCUGUUUCGAGUGAUCAGAUUGGCGAGAAUAGGACGAGUUCUUAGACUGAUAAGAGCAGCCAAAGGAAUAAGGACGUUACUUUUUGCCUUAAUGAUGUCACUUCCGGCACUGUUCAACAUCGGCCUCCUUCUCUUCCUGGUCAUGUUCAUCUACGCCAUUUUUGGCAUGGCAAAUUUUGCCUACGUGAAAAAGCAAGGCGGGAUUGACGACAUGUUCAACUUUGAAACUUUCGGGAACAGCAUGAUCUGUCUAUUCCAGAUCACCACUUCGGCGGGUUGGGAUAACCUGCUGGAUCCCAUUCUGAACAAUUCACCAGAAGAAUGCAAUCCGCAAUACGUCAACACUGGAACCCAUACUAAGGGCAACUGUGGCAACCCCUCCGUAGGGAUCGCUUUCUUCGUUAGCUACAUCAUCAUCUCGUUUUUGAUUGUCGUCAACAUGUACAUCGCCAUUAUUUUAGAAAACUUCAGCGUGGCCACUGAGGAAAGUACAGAACCUCUAAGUGAAGAUGAUUUCGAGAUGUUUUACGAGGUUUGGGAAAAGUUUGACGUUGAAGCGUCACACUUUAUCGAGUACUCCAAACUUUCCUGUUUUGCCGACAGUCUUUCAGAACCUCUGCGGAUCGCCAAACCCAACAAAGUCAAGCUCAUCCACAUGGACUUACCCAUGGUGAGCGGGGAUAGGAUCCACUGCCUGGACAUCUUGUUCGCAUUCACAAAGCGCGUUCUUGGGGAGACCGGGGAAAUGGACGCUCUGAAACAGCAGAUGGAGGAAAAGUUCAUGAUGGCCAACCCAUCCAAGAUAUCCUACGAGCCCAUCACCACCACCCUGCGACGCAAACAGGAGGAAAUAUCAGCGGUUCUGAUCCAGCGUGCCUACAGGGGACAUCUGGUUAGAAGUCAGAUGAAACAGGCGUCUUAUCCUUUCAGGCAAAUGCAUCAGGACACACUUGUAAAUAAGCAGAGGGCUCCAGACCGGAAACAUUAUGAUCGAAAGAAGGAUAAACCUUUAGCCUCUUUGUUCUUGGCCUCUUCUCCACCAUCCUAUGAAACUGUUACCAGGGCUCCUUGUGACCAGUUUCAGGUGUUCAUAGCUGCCUCAAAUGAUUCUGCACCCUGUGAGCCUCAUACCUCUGGGGAGACUUAUGAGGAGACCUUUCUUUAGGACCUCUUUUGUAUAACUUUUGUCUUUUGUAGUACACAUUGUUAUUUUUGGUUCUGUGCAAAGAAAUAAUCAGGAAAUAUUCUAUAGCAAUGCAAACACAAUUUCACUUUUGUCUGCUAUGUGAGCAAUAUGCAACAUUGAUAACCUAGACAAACAAAUGGGAAUAGAUGACAUUAAUAAUAUAUCAAAAUGAGGAUGUACAAUUUUUAUUUUAGGUAAUGAAUUUACUAUAGCUGGGCCAUGGCUUUAGAUGUGUCGCACAUAUCAGAGUAAUACAAGCAAGCACGGCUCUUAUUGUUUCCUAAAGCUUAACAGACCUUGUAUAUUUAAACCAGGAUUACCAAAUAUAGUUUUGCUGUAAAAAUCUGCAGUUUUUCUCAGGAUUAUGUGCAGAAUGAAUUUUUAGACUUGACAAAGGUGAAUGUGCUUGUUCUAGAAAAUGGCACCUGUAAAUUAAAGGGGACAUAUCAUGAAAAUCCGACUUUUUCCAUGUUUAAGUGCUAUAAUUGGGUCCCCAUUGAUUGUAUCAACCUAGAAAUUGUGAAUAAGAACAACCAGUAACUUAGUUUUGGUAAACCAUUCUCUGCAAGCAUGUGAAAAAAAUAGGAAAUUGAAUUUGGCUCCCCCUCUGAUGUCAGAAGGGGAUAAUAGCGCCCCUUUAAGGUUACAUGGUAAAAUCGACUGCACUAUCCAACCCCCACUAUCCAGAUCAGCUCAUUUACAUAUUAAAGAACACACCCAAAAAUUGCACAUUUUAGCUCACACCUACAAAGUGGCAAAUUAUAUACAUGGUAUUUUGAGCUAGAACUUCACAUACGUAUUCUGGAGACACCAAAGAUUUAUUUCACAUCUGAAAAAAGCCUUGUGAAAUGUCCCCUUUAAAGUCACCAGAAGUGAGUAUGCACUAUAUAAUGCAAAGAAUAGAGAAGCUAUAAGAAGCAAAAAGAAAGGAUGCAUAUUUUAUUACCAGUACUUAUCACUAAUCUGUUUAUUUAUCAGGAAUAUACAUUUUAUAUUGUGAAUUAAAUACAUUUGCAUUGCCAAUAAAAAACAAAUCAGAAGAAAAGUGAAGAAUAUUUAUCAAUUUCUGUGUUCAGAUAUUCUCCUGCUUUUUAUAACGUAAGAAACAAAGCUAUCAUUUGCACUUUAUGAAGCACAUAAAAUGCAAUAAUUGUCCCUGUUAUUAGCUGGGUUUCAAUCACCCUCAAUUUUAUGCACAUGUUGAUGUAUCGCAUAAAAAAUGAGUGAUGGAAAUGCCGAAUUUCAAAUAAAAAUCCCUUAAUUUGCUAAAAAGUUUUUAAUAGGGAUGCUCCGAUUGAUCGGCAUCGGCCGAUAAUGGCAUUAAAUGACUCGAUCGGUACUCUCUAAAUUUGCCGAUCUCAUGAACCAAUCUUUCUGUUUACUUUUUUUCAUCAUAGGGCUCCUGAAUGCGACUGCAAUUAGAGACCAUUUUUAUAACCCGUUGCUCAUGUGUGACAUGCAGAUUUGGAUUUCUCUCUUUGCCUUUACAGAGUAUAAUGACCUUACAUAAUGAACUGUAUUGUUUUUAUUACCUUAGAAUGAGCCGUUUUUAUCUACAUACACCGCGGGUCCCAUAGAUAUGUAUAAAGGCUAGAUGUCUCGCCCGCGCUGCUGGCCAAUUGAGUGGAACGUCCGCAUUUGGCGGCCAUCUUACCACAGGGCGCUCGCUCACUCGUAGCAUUUUUAAUGGAGCAUUUACUGUUAAAUGACCAAAACUUGCUCAAUUUUCUUCCGAUUUUUGGUUUGGUUUGUUAUAAAGGUCAUGUUUCUACAGUAGCCCCAACUGGUCAAUCUGCUCUACAGAGCGCGUUUUGUCACUACGUUGUCUCAGAUGAUGAAAUGUUUUCGAAAAGGAGGGGUAAACGGUGGAUUAAGCCAUUGGUUGCAAUUCACAGUCUCACCACU